GUUCCGGACGCUGCUGCUGACCUUACCCUGUUCAUCAGAUCCUGGGGUUGUAUUCUGCGAUCCUGAAGGGACAGUAAUGUUUAGGAAGGAGAUUGGGGCACUGGAUAUUGAUCCCAUUUUCUUUGGAGUGAAGGAGGUGUGACAAACUUGGAACGACGGCGUCCUGUGAGUAGGAAUCCCACCUGGGCGAACAUCGUUAUGGCCGGAACCCUCUCAGUACUGCUUCAGUCCCAGAAAGCUGAUAAGUAGAGAGUUUUGGAAAGGAAAAUCUGGAGCCAAGCCACAAGGGUUCUUUCCUUAAUCCACUCCACUCUCUUUUCUCCCAGCUAUGCUGCAACAGUGCACUGUGGGUUUACAAGAGCAACAAAAGGUGAAUAACUCUCUGGAGUUGGUGUCAUUUGAGGAUGUGGCUGUGGACUUCACCUGGGAGGAGUGGCAGGACCUGAAUGAUGCUCAGAGGACUUUGUAUAGGGAUGUAAUGCUGGAGACCUACAGCAACCUGGUGUCACUGAAUAUCCAGAUAGAUGAUGACCUAGUGGAGAGAAACCAAGAAAGUCAUGGUAGAUGCUUGCAGCAAAUUGUAAUCACCCACAGGAACACAUCAGCUGAGGAGAAAGUUGUGUUAGGAAAAUCAUUUUAUUUGAAUUCAUAUCAUGUUUUAAAUCUGAUUAUAAAUAAUGGGAAUAAUACAGGAAAGGGACAUGAGGAGUUGUACAUAUGUCAGAAUGCACUGCUGGCUAGAGAGCCUCAUGAGACGCCUGCUGGAGAGAAGCCUGGUGACCAUGAUAUAACUGGAAAAUUGCCCAGAUAUCAUGAGCAUAUUAGUCAGCAUCCCAAUAUUCAAACUAGGAAGCAGCCUUUAGAAUACAUUGGAAAAAUGAAAUCCUCCAACACACAGCCAAUAAUAUUUACUCAUAAAAAGAUUGAUAUUGAUGAUAACACCUAUAAGUAUAAGGAAUAUGGGAAAGGCUGUGGUAACUCAGCUGUUAUUGACCAAGAAAUAGCUCAAGUAGAAAGGAAAACUUUUGAAUGUGAUAUAUGUGGGAAAAUGUUCCGUAAAAUAUCUGACCUCACUAAACAUCAGAUUAUGCACACAGGAGAGAAACACUCUAUAUAUACUGAAUGUGAGAAAUCUUUUAUUGAGAAAUUAUACCUUACAUCAUAUCAGAGAACACCUACACAAGAGAAGCUUUAUGCUGGUAAUGAACAUGAAAUUUUUUGUCAGAAGUCACACCUUACAAUGCAUCAGAGAAUUCACACAGGAGAAAAGUACUAUGGGUGUAUUAACUGUGGAAAAAGCUUUUGUGAGAAUUCACUCCUCAGCCAUUGUGAGAAAAUUCACAAAGAUGAAAUACCAUAUGGAGAUAAUGAAUGUCAAAAAUUUUUCUACUAUGAGUCUGUCCUCACUGUAUGUCAGAGAAUUCACACAGGUGAGAAACCAUAUGAAUGUAAAGACUGUGGGAAAGCUUUUAACCAAAAGUCACACCUCAGCAUUCAUCAGAGAACUCAUACACGUGGGAAACCGUAUGAAUGUAAAGAAUGUGGAAAAGCUUUUAACCGAAAGUCACACCUCAGCCGGCAUCAGAUAAUUCACACAGGUGAGAAACCAUAUGAAUGUAAUGAAUGUGGAAAAGCUUUUAACCGAAAGUCACACCUCAGCAUGCAUCAGAGAACUCACACAGAUGAGAAACCAUAUGAAUGUAAAGACUGUGCGAAAGCUUUUAGCCACAAGUCAGACCUCAUUAAGCAUGAGAGAACUCACACAGGUGAGAAACCAUAUGAAUGUAAGGAAUGUGGAAAAGCUUUUCUCCAAAAGCCACAGCUCAGCAUUCAUCAGAAAACACACACAGGUGAGAAACCAUAUGAAUGUAAAGAAUGUGGAAAAGCUUUUAUCCAAAAGUCACAACUCAGUCUUCAUCAGAGAACACAUACAGGUGAGAAACCAUAUGAAUGUAAAGAAUGUGGAAAAGCUUUUCUCCAAAAGCCACAACUCAGCCUUCAUCAGAGAACACACACAGGUGAGAAACCAUAUGAAUGUAAAGAAUGUGGAAAAGCUUUUCUCCAAAAGCCACAACUCAGCAUUCAUCACAGAAUUCACACAGGUGUGAAACCAUAUGAAUGUAAACACUGUGGAAAAGCUUUUAACCAAAAGUCACAUCUCAGCAGACAUGAGAGAAUUCACACAGGUGAGAAACCAUAUGAAUGUAAUGAGUGUGGAAAAGCUUUUAACCAGAAGUCAUACCUCAGCAAGCAUGAGAGAACUCACACAGGUGAGAAACCAUAAGAAUGUAGAGAAUGUGGAAAAACUUUUAACCAAAAGUCACAUGUCAGCAGGCAUCAGAGAAUUUGCAUAGAUUAGAGAAUCCAUGUGAAUGUAAGGAAUGCAGGAAAACAUUUUACUGGAAGACGUUAACAAAUUCACACAUGGGAGUAUCACAAUGUAAUGGCUUUGGGGAAAGGUUUUUGCUAUAAGUCACACCUCAUGUUUCAUCAGAGAACUUACAGCAAGAAGAAGCCCUGUAGAUGUACAACUGUCCCUUGCUAUUGGUGGUCAGUUCUAGGGACCCUUGUUGAAGAAAACACUUGCAAAUCAUGAAGCCACUUCUAUAGAUGGUGUACUUUUUCACUUCUACCUAUGUAUU